GGCUGCACUGCGAACAGAAAGGCCAGAGAUUACAUAACGCGUACGGAUGGAAGAUAAUUGCACUUUCACAUGCUCCUUGGCAUUGCAUCUACACAAGUUUCAUCCACACGGGCCACACGGGCCACACACCAUUCAUCAUUCAUCAUUCCACCCACUAUCGCGUUCUGACUUUCUAUCGCUCAAUCCAAUCCAUUCCAUUCCAUUUCAGUCAGAUCCAACCCGGGCCAAUCCAAUCCAGCUCCAUCCAGUCCAAUCCACUGGACAACAUCUUCUGCACCAUCAUCCACCCUCCCCCCCCAGAAAGAAACAAAGAAAAGAAGAAAAAACUCUAUCAUAUGCCAAUCCCAAUAGCUUAUUUAGCCCCUGGGCUGAAUGUAUCCAAUCAGUCCUCCAAUGGACCGGCUUAGAACCCGUUUGCAAUCAGAUCAGGGAAUGUGUUGAGCACAUGCAAAUUCACAUAUCUCGUCUUCUUAUUAUAUUAUCAACCUCUCCUGGAAAAGCCCAGACUCGUGGCGCAUUAAACUUUACCCAUAGUUCUUGCUCUUCCAUCACUUAUUAACCUUAGACACCACACACCUUUCAUUGCCCAAGAAUUUACUCUCAAUUUUCUGACCACCAUCUCUCCCCCUUCUCACUCGCAGCUUCAUACUAGUCACAUUUCCUCCCAGGAACGAAUUGUCAGAUACCAAGCAGCUAUCACAUAUAAUACCACGACUCUCUUACACGUCUAAGACAGGAUGGCACCUCAAAUAAACGGCGAGACUCCCUCAUCCGUCUUCCUUGACCAUCUCACAUCCUAUCCUCUCAUCCACGACUCCAUCUCUACCUUCAAGUCCAACCCAUAUGGUCAAAGAUCCAUCGAUUUGACCGCAACCUCUUACGAGAAGUUCGGCAAACCAUUCAUUCCAUACCUCCAAAAACCCUACCAAUAUGUCUCUCCAUACGUCGCGAAAGCCGACGAGCUUGGCGACUCUACUCUAUCCACCAUUGAAUCGAAAUUUCCUGCCGUCAAGAAACCUACAGGCGAACUCUAUAGUGAUGGAAAAUACUUUGUGUUCUACCCGAUAACAAAAAGCAAUGAGGGAAAGGAAUAUGUAUUGGGAAAAUACAAUAGCGAGGUCAAGAAGACGGAAGAUCAAGGUUAUUUCGGCUACGGAAAGGCAGUCGUCAGCACAGGAUUGAUCGUAUCAAGUGAGGCCUUUCAAUGGCUGAGCCAGUUCCUAUCAGCCAAGAAGGCAGAGGCCAAGGAGACAACGAACGAGAAGAUAAACAACUAGGAAACAUAGAAGGAUGAGAAUAGGAAGUAAUGAGACGCGAUUGCCAUUGGAAUGGUAAAUAAGGCGAAGCCAUUUUUUCUCUAAAAAAAGAGAUGGAUCGGAAUGUGGGAAAUGAUUGAUGGAAUGAGGGGAGAUGAAGCUACAUAGGCGUCGUAUAUUAAUAAGGUCACGUUCUGGAUUCUCCACCUACAAACUAAAAAUAACCUUGCUUUUUAUUUGAAUGAGAUUGAGGAUAUAGUCCGUAUAUAUUUCUCUCCAAGGAAUAGCGAGAACGACGGUUACACACUGUGCUCCCAAGUGAACGCAUUGCUUACACUAUACACAAAUUUAUUCCA